AUGGGAGCUCUUGUGAAGUAUACAAAGCAGUUGCUGCGCUCGCCGCCGCAACUGUCGCCCGAGGAGCUGUUUGUGGCACUGGAGGGGGCGCUAGCACAGGUUGUGCGCGAGGGGACGAUCUCGCUGGAGUUCGGGGUAGAGUUCGCGAGCUUCCUGACUGCACUGCGGGCAAGCGGGCUCGACCACAAAGCCGAGUACAUUGCGCAGGCGGCGCGCGCCGUUUUGCAAUACUCAGAUCUGGUGGCUGAUGACGCGGUUAGAGGCGGCUCGAAGGAGCGGGUGCUCGAUGUCGUAGGCACGGGCGGCGACGGGCAGAACACGUUCAACGUCUCAACGUCAGCGGCAAUCGUAGCCGCAGGGAUCCCGGGGCUGCGCGUGUAUAAGCACGGCGGGAAAGCGUCGACCUCUGACAGCGGAUCCGGCGACCUGGUGCGCAUGCUGGGAUGCGACAGCUGGAAGGUGACGAGCGCGACAGUCCCCGCGCUGUGCCGCAAAAACACCUUUCUGUUUCUGCUAGCACCGAACUUUCAUGAGGCGAUGCGACUGGUCGCGCCGAUCCGCAAACUGCUUUCUGUGCCGACGAUCUUCAACGUUUUGGGGCCUCUGUUGCACCCAAUGGGCUGUGUGAACCGCCGUGUGCUGGGUGUGUUCAGUGAGCAUCUGGGGCCCGAGUAUGCGCGCGCCGCCUCGCUCAUGUACAAGGACUGUGAGACUUUCGUGGUCUGGGGCCAUGUCGGCCUCGACGAGGUUGCGCCUACGGGGAAGACAACUGUAUGGCAUUACGCGGCCGAAACCGGUUCGAUUGACACCUUCAUUAUUGAGCCCGCGAUGUUUGGUCUCCAAGAGCACGAGCUCUCCCAGUGUGCCUCGCAGGGCCCUACAGAGAAUGCGCUCGUUCUUCUGGACGUCCUUAGCGGCAAUCGCUCAAAAGGUGACUCGAUCUACGACUACAUUCUACUCAACGCAGCAACACUCUACUGCCUGAGCGAGGGAAGCCGUGAUUGGAAGCACGCGGUUGCAGUGGUUGAAGAGAGCAUUAGUUCUGGACGUGCUCAGAAAGCGCUGAACGAGUUCAUAUCCGCUGUGGACGCUCUUGAAGUGUAG